CCGCACGACAUCUGUUAUCUGGCGAACAAAUAGCGAGAAGAUACAGAAGGUUAGAUAAAACAGACGAGGCCACUAUCCUGAAACAGUCAGAUUCGUACGACAAUUCGUCCGUGAUGGAGGUUGCUAUUUUUGGCGUUGGCCGGAUUGGACAAAUCCACCUCGGUCAUUUGGUAGAUGAGAGACGAGUUCGCGUAACAUACCUAGUGGACCAUGAACCAGUGCACGAGACGAUAAAGGAUUUGACACAGAAGCAUAGCCUGACAGAUGUCACCAUCCUCAAAACGGAGGAUGCUCACAUGGCCAUCAAAGACGAGAAAGUGAAGGCCAUAUUUGUGUGUACACCUGUAGGUCAAAAGGUAGAGCUGAUAACAAAAGGCCUCCAAUCAGGCAAACAUGUCUUUUGUGAAAAACCAAUAUCUUUGAUAAAAGACGAAGUUGAAAGUUGUUACAAGAUGGCAAACGACCACGGACUAACAAUACAAUGUGGAUUCAACAAACGUUUUGAUACAAGUGUACGGCAGUUACAUGAUAAGAUACGGCAAGGGGAGCUUGGACAACUUCGGAUGAUAAAAUUGACUGCACGAGAAUUACCAGGCCUUACCUGGAAAGAGUAUCUUUUGUCUUCUGGUGGAAUCUUUAUCGAUACCGUCGUGCACGAAUUCGAUUUAAUGUGCUGGUUGGCUGGAGAAAGACCACGCUAUAUAACCAGUUUUGGACAUACUCAGAACCAACUCUUUGAAGAAUGUGGCGAUGUUGAUGGCGCUGUUAUCCUCUUGAAGUUUUCUAGCGGACUCAUGGGAUUUAUCGAAAGCUUUAGAUCAGUUCCAUAUGGAUAUGACCAACGUUUUGAGGUGCUUGGUUCUGAUGGAAUGACAGUGGUGACCAACCCGAAAAUCACCAACAUCGAAAACUGGACGAAGGACAGCAUACAUACUUCCCCAAUAUGGCAGAAUGGACUAACGCGGUACACCGAAGGUUACCGUGAGGAAGUUCGACACUUCCUGGAUGUUGUGGAAGGUAAAUGUGAAUGUACUGUGAAAGGUGAUGAAGUACUACUGGUCCACCUACUAGCCGAGUGUGCCGCUAGAUCCAUGCGAGAAGGUCGAGUGAUAGAAAUUCCAAACUAAAGUUCUCAAACGUGGAGUAACCAAACAAGUGAGGACAGCUGAUGCAAAUGGUUUCAAUAAUCAUUUUUCCCGUCUAGAACACAGAACUGCUUUGUGAAGUUUGGCUUAAAGGAUCCCUGUCCCCCUGCAUUAAUUUUUCCUAUUGAUAGAAAUUCCGCUUGAACAUAGCAUAGUAACACAGGUGGACUAGAACACUUCCGUUGACCAAGUAGCCAUGUUAAUUAGAGAAAAAGAACUCAGGGUUCUAAUCCCUAUCAAGCCAAUUGAAGUUUUACACAAUAAACUCUUAAUUAGU